AUGGCCACCAAAGCGGCUCUUCUCCACAAACCCACCUCGAAAAUCUCCAUCCCCCGUCCGUACCAGACCAAUCCCUUCAAACCCAGUUCCCAUAUUCGUGUUUAUACUCGGAAAUUGGCCGGAUUUCGUGGAACUGCGACGAGGGGGAUUACUGGACUUUCGUCGAACACCAUGCCUGCAGAGUCAUUGAAGUCUCCUGGAACUAGCAUGCGGAGUAACGACUACAGAAUGGGAGCGCGUGACCGGGAAGCUUUUGUGAAGGAGUCACCCUAUGGACUGGAAGCCGCCCUCAACAGUGUGAGCAAAUGGUUAGUGUCUGCAGCUUUCGGUGCUUUCUUCGUGUGGAGGCAUCACAACGCAGACGUGCUGUGGGUGGCCACUGGUGCUGUGGUUAGCUGUGUCCUGUCAGUUGCACUUAAGCGGAUUCUGAAGCAGGAGAGGCCACUUGCUACAACCAGAUCUGACCCUGGAAUGCCUUCUUCACACGCUCAAUACAUAUUUUACGUUCUUACUUUCGGCGUUCUCGCAACUGUUGAAUGGCUAGGAGUAAAUGCUGUUUCAGUCAUCCUCAGUGCAUUACUUUUGGCAUGUGCCUCCUAUUUCUCAUGGCUAAGAGUAUCGCAGAAACUGCACACAGGGAGCCAGGUUGUGGUUGGAGCAGCAGUGGGUACAGGUUUCUCAGCACUGUGGUGUUGGCUAUGGAAUCAAUUUGUGUUGCGGGCUUUCAUUUCGUCUGCAUGGGUUCGGGUUGUGGUUGUUUUGGGCACUCUUACAUUCUGGGGAUGCGUCAUGUACUCCUCGGGUCUGCUGAAAAUCAAUAGUCCAUGGAUCUAAUUCGAACUCAAGAGAGAUUUUUUGAAGUAACUGCACGAAGAGGG